ACGUUUUAUAUGCAAAGUGCGGCCCUUUUCUUUGUUCUUUGAGAUUAUUUAUGAGUUUGGUCAAGCACUCUUAUAAUAUAUAAUAAAUUGAGUGAAGCCUGCUCCUACGGCACAAUUGUUUGACAUCCCACCAAACCAUAAUGAUAUCGCUGCAGGUCAGAAGCAAACUUUUUCCAAUACCCUUUUUUGCGUGACAAUCUCCGCUGUCGCGGCUGUCAGUUUGGUUCCCCUCGACGCAACUUCGGAUUUCCUCACACGAUGUACAGAGUAAAAACAUUAUUGAAAUUGUAAUAUACAUUUAGUUUAAUUGCUAAACUACAAGUGAAUUAAAUUUCAAAGAAUUUGAACGACGCGCACAACUUAUAAAAGGAUUUAUUAUUUUACAAGGUUGUCUGUUGACUGCUGUAUAUAAAACCCCUUCAAUAUAGGUGGAGUCGAGUCAGCAAAAAUAAAAAAAUUAAUAUAGUACCGGGCACCUCUUUUGGGCCACUUAAAGACUGGCUACUGCGGUCUCACUCGCUGUAAACAAGGGUUUUGUUUCAGAUGCAUUGAAUGCGCUUGCCCGAUUAAAAGCAUUUUAUGUGUAAUUUAAUCUAUAGAUUAAACUCGUUGCGUUUAUAUUUUGGGUGCAUCUGUUUGCGCUUACAUGAUUUACUAAUAAUUGUAUAUUUUAAUUGAACUGUCUUAAUGGAUUAAGCAUACAUAUUUUUUCACGUUAUUCCUCGAAUAUCCCAGGGGGCUAGAUGUUUUGCCAACAGUUUGACAAUUUGUUAAAUGUGCACAAAAUUCAUAUGAAGGGUGAUUAACAGUUGACUUCUGAAAUUAAAUAAAAAUAACAAGAUAAGAGGUUAUCUUAUAAGAGGUUAUCUAUGGAGAAAUGAGUGCUUGCAGAAUAUGUACUCUUUUUUUGACUAAUGCUUCAUUCGAAUCAGCAUUACUUUUUUGUUUCUUCAACUUUAAAGAUGAAUAUUAGAGAUGGGCAUUUUAGAGAUUUUCAGCAAUAGCACAUUAUGUUCAAAUGUUUGAUUAUUUAUAUGCAUUUAAUAAUAGGCUACCGUAAAAUCAUAAUGUACACACCGUAAAAAUGAUUCAGUGGCUUUGUAAAUAUCUCUAAAAUAAAUGAUUAAAGUAACUUUAUUUCAGUUAAUGUGAUUUUUUUUUUGUUGGACAAACCAAAAUAAAUUACUAAAAAUAGAACAGAUAUUUUGAGUAAAAUGUACAUAUAUUAUUAAGGGGUAUACAUCAAAUAAAAUAAGUAUUACAUUUACAGAUUAUUUUAAUAAAUAUAUAACUCUGACCUUCUUAAAUAUAUUUAAGUUUUUAAAACUGUAAUAAUUGCACAUUUCAAAUUAACAUUAUUUCUAUUUAACAUCAACUUGUGUAAAAAUGUGUAAGUUUUACGCCUAACUUGAAGUAUGAUUUACUUAUAUUUUUACAUUGAUAUUAUUUGAGUAAAUGUAGACAAAAAAAUAAAUGAAUAAUAAGUAGAACAAAUGUUAAUUUAAAAAAAUCCCACAGCCAACGGUUUUUAAUCAGCAACAAAGAAACUGCGCCUUUUGCCGAUGACAAACACCUCAGAAACUCCUCAAAUUUAUGAAUAUUUACACACACAAUAUGAUUUUAUUUCCUUACUACAAAAGUAUAACAUAUUAGACAAAUUCUCAGUGAAAUUUAUUUAACACCAUUGCAUACUUUUUAUCGUGUUGCAUACCAUGUAAAGGGAAACAUGAUAAUAUAAAAAGUAGACUAUGUACAGUAAUGCAGAAAAGCGCAUCACAACCAUCUUAAAGCUAUUAAAACGUUCAGAUGCAAAAAUGAACUAAAUGUAAAAUUAGAUAAACUAGUUAAUGAUAUUGCGUAAAUGCUCUCUUCAAAGGUCUUCGCAAAUUAUUUUGUUAUAAGACUCAGUUAUCAUACAUCACGUCUCUUCUACUGUAAGUGCACGGAAAAAAAUAAGACAAAUGAUGCGCGUUUGAGUCGGACUUUUAUGAAGAAUAUGUGACUUUUAUGUAACUGGCAAAAGAAAACUUCGCCUACGCAAUGUACAGUAGCGGAGUGGCCAUCGGGAGAGUCGGGACAUUAUCAUCAAAAACUUUUAUGACAAAAAUUAUAUUUAAAUGAAAUAUUCUUACAGUUAUUAAAAGAUGCACAUAUUAUUCCAUAGCCUAUUACUCCCAUUUAUGAGCACGAUCAUCUCUUGUCUCGCUCUGUUAUGUUAUAGCUGUUUGAUAGCUGCGCAUCUCCGUCUUUCAAACAGGUAUCAUUUUGUGUAGUUACUCAUUUAGGAAAAUUAGCCAUGAUUUAAUGAUUUUAUCAUUAUUAUUAUUAUUAUUAUUUUUUUGUGGCAGAUUACGAUUUGUAUUACCCCAGUUUUACUACCAAUACGAGACCGUUUUUUGUUUUUACCACGGAGGGCCGGUGGUAUAUGAAUUUUCCUGGUAAAUUUUUUGGUCCCACUCCACCCCUGGCAAUGUUUGCCAAAAAGCCUGCAUUUGUAUGACAUCAAAGUCUUUCGCCUAAACACUAUUAAUCCGUGUCAUGUUACUUCAAUAUCAUACAGUCUACGCUCAGCAUGAAGUCGAGCGCACAAAUUGCAUUCAGUAUGGCCUACAUGAAACACGACUGCCCUCUACAGGUUUUUUUAUUUCCAGCGUCCCCCACCGAACACCCAUUCUGCAGAAUGCCGCAGAAUUUCGGAAGUGCUCGCGGCAUUCUGCUCUCGGAGACGCGCAUUUUUAAAGGGCACAUCUGUAUGAAGAUCCGGCUUACUUCAUACUCGUCAUGGAGCGGCCUGAUCCUUGCAUGACCUUGCAUGAGUUUAUUAAACUUCAACGAGGUCUGGAAUCAACAGCACGCACCCUAAUGCAUCAGGCAGUCAUGGCUGUAAAACAUUGCUUUAAGCAUGAGACUUUUCAUACUGACCUCCACGCUGGCAACUUCCUGGUGGAUAAAAACAACAUGCUGCUGAAGCUGAUCGACUUUGGGUGCUGUGACCGAUUAAGAGACACGGCCUAUGCAUAUGAAGAGUAUAUGGGGGCACCGGCUUAUCGGCCACCUGAGGUCCGCAACAGGGACAGAUACCACGCCAUGUCAAGCAGUGUCUGGUCUCUGGGAACUCUGCUCUAUUAUAUGGUUAAUGGAAACUUGCCCUUUCCCAAAUAUGGGCCAGUAAUUAAAGGCAUGAUAAACCACGAGAAUGACUAUUUAACAAAGCGGAAAAAACAGCAAAAUCUGUUAAAAGACAUUGGGGAAGAAGAUAAAGAGCCCCUUUGUUCACUGCUUAGGGAGGAACAAAGUGGUACCUUUCAUACCCUCCCCAGAGCUGAAACCGGGGAAUCCGGGGAAGGCCAAUGAUGAUCUGGACAAAUCACAGAUGAAGACCAGUUCCGGGAUGAAGACUGAUGAUGAUAUUGCCCAUCCCGUGGCACUAAUCACCUACAAAGCUUUAAAUGGCCUAGCACCCUCAAAUCUUGGAGAACUACUAUCAACCUGCAUUAACGACGACAGUGGGGCCUCCAGCCUUAGUCAAACGGGUUGGCACGUAUGGUCGGGUUGCGAUUUUGGCGCUUUCGUGUAUCUUGCGAAUAGUAUGCCAUACAGACCCGUUUGCCACUGAACCUGCAUUAACGACGACAGUGGGGCCUCCAGCCUUAGUCAAACGGGUUGGCACGUAUGGUCGGGUUGCGAUUUUGGCGCUUUCGUGUAUCUUGCGAAUAGUAUGCCUUACAGACCCGUUUGCCACUGAACCUGCAUUAACGACGACAGUGGGGCCUCCAGCCUUAGUCAAACGGGUUGGCACUUAUGGUCGGGUCGCGAUUUUGGCGCUUUCGUGUAUCUUGCGAAUAGUAUGCCAUACAGACCCGUUUGCCACUGAACCUGCAUUAACGACGACAGAGGGGCCUCCAGCCUUAGUCAAACAGGUUGGCACGUAUGGUCGGGUCGCGAUUUUGCCGCUUUCGUGUAUCUUGCGAAUAGUAUGCCAUACAGACCCGUUUGCCACUGAACCUGCAUUAACGACGACAGAGGGGCCUCCAGCCUUAGUCAAACGGGUUGGCACGUAUGGUCGGUUUGCGAUUUUGGCGCUUUCGUGUAUCUUGCGAAUAGUAUGCCAUACAGACCCAUUUGCCACUGAACCUGCAUUAACGACGAAAGAGGGGCCUCCAGCCUUAGUCAAACGGGUUGGCACGUAUGGUCGGGUUGCGAUUUUGGCGCUUUCGUGUAUCUCGCGAAUAGUAUGCCAUACAGACCCGUUUGCCACUGAACCUGCAUUAACGACGA